AUGUCUCACCGUCGGCGUCCAUCUUCAGACAGCUCCUCUGAUUGGGUUUCAUGCAGCAGCAGCAGCUCUUCUCGCAGUGCGAGCGAUGAGGUUCAGUCGACACUGAAAAAGAAGCCCUGGUUGACGUCAUGGUCACGCUUCCGCAGUCAAGUACAGCCUCCAGAAGGGGCUGCUUCUGGCCCUGCCCACUCUAUUAUAUCAGCUGGAGCCGGGCCCAGCGGGCCUAGUGAGCCUGACUGGCUCGCCCCCAGCGGGGAGCCACGGGUACCUGGCGCUCAAUCGCCAAACAAAAUUUCCCUGAGCAGCCACACGAGCAAUGCGUCCUGGGCUCGCUCACUAUUCGCCCUCCCCUUCCGUCGACACCAUCAACAACGCGCACCCACCUUGUCGUUGACACCAGACAGGCAGCGCAAACCCCAGUAUGGCGAUGAUAGCGACGUAUCCAAAGUCUACAUCCUGCCUUCUGACACGGUGACUACUACUCCUCGACUGCCUUCGAAAGCUCAUGUCUGGUCGGAGCUGACCAAGAUGGAUCCCAAUAACCCGACUCUGACCCCUAACCUCGCGGACCUGCUCACGGGCCUGUCUAGUCCAGACGAUGCCAGCCGCAAAAUGGCGGCUUUCAAGCUGCAGUCGCUCAUCAACGACCCUUCCUUCGCAGAACAUUUCGUGCUUGCGGGCGGCCUGCCCCAGCUGCGCGCCCUCGUCCUCGAAAGCAGCGGAAAUACCCUCGCAUACAGUCUGGCCAGCUUUGCCAGACUAUUAGAGGUCGACCAAGGCUGGGAGGCUGUCAAUGAACAGGUUGUCAAAAAGGCAAGAUAUCCCUCAUCUAAACCUUCAAGAGGAAAAGGCGCCACCGACUGA